UUGGGCAUUACUAAAGUUGGUGUUUGUUUACUAAUGUUCGUCCGAUCUUAAGAUAGACACAGCUCGGGGCCACGUCACAGUAGUCGUCCCAACUUCCACCAGACACCAAGAUGGUCGAGGAUGAUGAUGUUGAGGACAAAUAUUCUAUCGUCUCCACUUCUUCUGAAGAGGAAUACAUCUUCAAGGAAUUCUGCCAUGAAAAGUUCGCCAAUUCUAAGACGACACCCGCCCUCAGCAAGAAACGCUUUGACAAGAUACUCAACUACCUGAAAGAGCCAAAUAAGUGUCCUGACAGUAAACUCAAAUUUUAUAUAAAGAAGAAUAACUUUUUCAAAAUUAGUUUCCCCGACAUCGGAUUACAAGAGACAAUAGGGAAGAAGGAUAAGGAUAAUUCACUAAAGAGAGUAGUGUGUUAUGAGGAGUUUUACAGCGUCAUCAAGAACUACCAUGAAAAUGUGGUGGAACACGCUCCUGCGAGGAAAACUUUCAAAGCGAUCCAGGAGCAGUAUGCCCUUAUACCCAGAGAAGCUGUUGAGAAAUACUGCAGCAUCUGUACUGUAUGUCAGCAGAGAGGUGCCCAGAAGAACACUGCCCCACUCAAACAUGAUAUUGCUAAAGGAAUCAGAAAAUGUCGUCAGGUUAAAUUUAGAUGUAAAGUUCUUGGAGAGUUUAAGCUAGUCCUGGUUGUUCGUGAUGACCUCAAGAUGGGUAAAGGCAAAGUUGCAGUGCAGUGUUGUCACGCGACUCUGAAAGCUUACAAACAGAUACAAAAGAUGAAUCCCAAAGUGCUAAGAGCCUGGGAGAUGAAUGGACAGCCCAAGGUGAUAUUGAAAGUAAAUGACGAAGCCACCAUGAUGGAUGUGACCUCACUGGCCAUGGAUGCUGGGAUGAUCACAAGCCUCAUCCACGACGCCGGCUGCUCACAAAUUGCCCCCGAGUCGCCCACGGUGUUAGGCUUAGGACCCGGCUCUGUAGAAGUGCUCGACCAAAUUACUGGACAUCUAAAACAAUAUUAGUGAUUACUGUACAAAAGAUACAGGUAUACCUCAAUAACCAACGCUUAUGCGGACUGCAAGAGUCAACGGACAGCAAAUCGAAAUUUUUUUAAUCCAUAAAUCCCAUAAGAAUAUAACGAAUUCAGGAGUUUAGGGACCAGCCAACCCCAAAAAUUCACAUCUACCCUUUUGAUAUAUCUCUGUCAUUCAGACUGUCACCAAGAAAAAAGCAGACAUAUAAAGCAUGCAUAAUAAGCAUUAAGUAUGGAAUGUAAGCUUAAAUUGAGACUGUUACUCACCAGUAUUGAAGCAUUAAGUCACAUAAUCGUCAUUCAGCCCCUCUGGCUGAUGCUGUGGCUACUGUUUCUGCCAUUAAGAGUUUUAAAAGAUAUCCCCACAUACCGGUAUUUCAAAAACAAUUAUGGGCUAGUGGAAAUUUCUGUGGGCUGACAGAAAAUGUUUAGAUUCAGUAGGCCUGCUAACAUGUGCACACCAUCACUAUGUUAAAGUUCCAUGCCUAUAAACCCAUUCUAUAUGGCUACUGGAGAAAUACAGUCAUCUGCAGACAUAAUAAAUGGCUUCUCUCAUAAUGAAUUUUUUUGUUUGGUUAUAAAAGUAGUACUACAAUAUGUAAUGGAGGGAGGAGGAAGCGAACGAUAACGGAGACAUUACCCUCCAUACAAUGUAUCCUUUUAUUCUCAAGUCAAAAUACAAAUUAUAUAUAUUAUCAUUUUUUCUGUUAUUGAAGACUAUUGUAUAUUAUUUAUGACGUAUCAUACACCAUAAGAGGCUGAUCAUGGUAUAAUAUAAUAAUAAUGGAUCAUAAUCAGUUCAAAAGUUGGCCUUGACGAUAUUUGGCGGGAAGGGGAGAGAUUGCCUUCUGAUACAUCUUGUUCUUUUAAUUUUAAAUCAUAUUAUAAAUUGUCAUAUUUUUUUCUAUUUAAUAUAUAUUAUUUAUGAAGAAACAUUAAAGAAACAUACACCAUAAGAGGCUGAUCAUACAAGAGUGUAAUAAUGACUAAAUAACAACAAACUGGCAAACUGCGGACCCCUCCCCCUCCCUCCGUAAGAGUGGCCAGGGAAGGGGAUUUGUUUGUGAUUCGGCUUGUGUUUUAAGCCAAAUUAUAAUACUGUUUGUAAUUAUUUAUGAUGAAACAUACAUCAUAAUAGGCUGAUCAUACAAGAAUACAGGUACUACAUAAUAAUGAAUAAAUAAAAACAGUCCCACACGUCGAGUGUUCAUCUUGUACCUAUUAGCGCUCAUUAGGCCUAUAUCAAAUCUGAUUAGACCACACUAUCCCCAUUUAAGACUAUAUUACUCUACUUAAAACACUAGCCAUCAUUUAUGGGUUAAACAAAAGAGUAAAUAUUGCUGGGCAUGACUGCAUAACACAAAGUCGAAGAGAAGAAAAAGGUGAAAAUGUAAGAGAAAGAGAACAAUAUAUACACUGUAGAGUCUUAUUAAAAAAUUAAAAUCUACACAAUCAUGGCCAAAAUUCGCACAACACGACCGCACGCCAAACGCAGUCGGUGAAACUUGUGGGGGUAUUUUCCUAAUAUAUGCAAAGUGGCAGUUAAGAGGACAUUGUUUUAGGAGGUAUACCUGUAUUGAUGUUAAUAGUUUUCCAUUUGUAUAUAUACAAUAAUGUAUUAUCACCGUAAGUGACUUAACACAGUAGUUAUUACUGUAAGGAAUUUUGUAAAAGUUUUGGUUCUUUUAUGAUGAGUGUCAAGAAAGCUAUGAAGAUCAUUUUUUGUAGUACCUGUAGUACAAAUAGUGGUGGCAAUCACAUUGGUAGUACAGUAUUAAAAGUAGCAGUUGUUGUAGUAGUACAGUACUGUAAUAGUAUUAGUCAUAUUAAUAUUAUUAAUAGCAGUUGUAUUAAUAGUAUGUAGUAUUAAUAGUCAUAGUCAUAGUAUUAGUGGUAGUUGGGGGAGUGUUGGUAUUUUCUGUACAGCUAAAAAAAAAUGAACUGAAAAUUAUAAAAUUAACAUUUUAGUCACAUACAUUCAUUAACCUCAUGUCCUUGGGGUUUAUGUUUAGGAUACCUCUAAUUGACACCGCUGUGAGUGGGUACCUCACUUCAGCUGGGGUAAUGAGGGCAGUUGAGUGCAGUGGCGGCCAUAUUGCCUCCUGGUGCACCGAGGCUCAGUGUACAGUUUCCGUAAUGCUCCUAAUGGGUCAUCAGGCUUAUGACGUCCACUCUUACCUUUAGCAUACUACUGUCUGGGGAAAAUUCCUUGGCACAAUAGUAAACACUUUUAAUAUCUUCAUCGCUCCAAGUCAUUUUUUUAUGGAGUUGUCUCUUUCAUGUAGAUGUUACUGGAAGUGUGGAAGAACAGUACCUUGCUCUCCCACCCCCGGACAUUUAUGGCUACCCACAUUAACACUAGGAGACAUAUCUGAAGAAACAUUAUGCUAAAGCUGACAUAAGUCACUGAUGUUGUCACCAAAUUGGCUACAAAUAGACCCUUACUAAUACAGGUAGUAGAAGUAGCAGAAAAAUAGUAGUAGUAUAUGUACAGUGCUAGCAACAGGAAGGUUGAGGCAUAUCCCACUACAGUAAACCUUCGAAGAUCCGGACCCGGGAAAUUCAGAUUUCGGAAGAUCUGGACAAAAAAUUUUGGGAUUCUGGGCUAAGAAGCCUCCUAGAAGUUUCCCUAAGAAACAUUUCCAAACCAGAGCAAAGAACAAUUUAGUCCCGUGGGCGCUGCUUGACCCGUCAGUUGGUUGGACACAGGUGCCCAAGGCGGGAAACAUAAACAGAGUUAUCAUAGGUAAAUGCAUGGUUAAAUAUGGUAAUUUGUUUAUCACUACAUUAGUACUGUAUUUUUGGUGUUUCUUAUAUCAUUUAUUAUUUGCCGGAAAAUUCGGACAAUCGGCUUUUCCGGACAGGUGGUUCCCCCCUUUUACUCCGGAUCUUCGAGGGUUCACUGUACUGUAAUUGGGUUAUCGAUUUUCCUUGCAAAUUUCUGGAAUAAAAGCCAUUAGUGCCCUAAGUGUGUGUGUGUUUAAGGAAUUAUAUCAGGGACUAGAAGUGUUAUUGCUUUACAUUCAUUUGGGUAUUUCUGAGUGACCAGAUGCCCCAACCUUAGAGUGUCUUUCAUUUUAAUGCUCUUUGUGUAUACGUAGUACUGUACUGUAUUACAGUACAGUGUUUUUAGUGUAAAGGCAAUAGUGUCAGUGUCUUUCUACACAAGGUCCCUGUUGAGUUGGCAGUCAUUCAUAUGGGAUUGUCUGUCAGGAUAUAGAUGUUCUGGGAGGCAAACUUCAUUUCCUAUGUUUUAUGAUUUUGAUUAUGAAGGAGGUGAUUUAGUUACGAGAUGCUUUCUACCCAGGAUGGACAAACAGGUGAAGUUAAAGGUACCAUUUUUUUUGCCCAGUGUCUGGAAUAGAACUGUUAGGUGGCUGCUAAAUUACAUUCCUCUAAAACCA